AACAACUGGUUACGUUUUUUUCCAGUGUUACAAAAAUUCUGUUGUUUCGUCUAAGCUCAUAACUUUAAAAGAAGUAAUUCCCGAAAGAUGGCUCAACUUCUAUUAGGAAUAUUGUUGGUUCUGCUAACUGCUGGUAACGGAAAAGUAACUGAAGCUCCAAUAACAGCCAUGUUUGCUCAACAUCAGAAACGGGAACAAAGUGUUGUCGACGUGGAAGAGCUGGGUACAUUCAGCCCAGAAUAUCCUUUCAAUUACCCUCCACUAGAAAGACUUUAUAACUUACCACCACGCAGUAAAGAAGAUAUUGGCACAAUGUUCUAUUUUUUUAGUUCAAAGCACAGGAAUACUGCACAGUACAUUUCUAACAGGAAUUUCUCCUCAUGGAAUGUCAAAAGGAGUGGAUUUUACCAUCGCUGGAGGACGUAUUUUCUUAUACAUGGCUAUAAUGCAGGAUAUUCAAAAUGGCAAAGAAAAUUGAAGGAUGUACUGUUAAAUAAAACGGCAUGCAAUGUGUUUAUCGUCAACUGGUCAGAUGGCGAUGGACCUUGGUACGAAGAGGCUGUUGCAAAUAUACGAGUGGUAGGAGCUGAAGUUGGACUUUUCAUUCAACGUCUGGUGAAUGCCUCGAAUUUUAAUCCAGACUUUCUACAUAUCAUUGGCCACGGUCUUGGUGCACAUGCAGCCGGAUAUGCUGGAAAAUGGCUUCGUGAUAGACAAAAUUCUUUAAUUUAUCGAAUUACGGGUUUGGAUCCAGCAGGUCCUUUCUUCAAUGGCGUAAAAGAAAUCGUCAGACUAGACAAAGGUGACGCUAGCUUCGUUGAUGUGAUCCAUACCAAUGCGCCCGGAAACCGCUUAGAAGGUUAUGGUCUAAACGAACCUAUAGGUCAUGUUGACUUUUACCCGAAUGGAGGGGAAAAUCAGCCUGGUUGUGAAACAGCGUCACAGAAUUCACCUGAGAUAGCAGAUGAAAUUUUGAGUUACAUGAAUUUUUAUAACAUUCUUCGCAAAUUCAAAAACAUGGGAGGAAACAUAAGUGCCACAGUUGAGAAGGAUCCUCGAGAUAUAGCCUGUAGCCAUAGAAAAGCCUACGAAUAUUUCAUAGCCAGCUUGGAACAGCCAAACUGUAAAUUUAAUUCUAUGGCUUGUCACACCUGGGAAGCGUAUAAGGAGGGCGAUUGUGGGACGUGCAGUAGCUAUAAGAACACAUGCAUAAAUAUGGGAUUUUUUGCUGGAUGUGGAUCAACGAAUGGAAGAUCUUUAAAGAUCUAUCUGAAAACGGAUAACAGUUCUCCUUAUUGUUUAGAUUCAUCAAAGGAGCUCUGGGACAGACUUAAAGUUAGACAGGCGAUAUUCACGCAUCAUAUAUUUUAUAAGAAAAGAAAUCAAACAUUAUUUUUUGAAAGAAAUGUAACAAUGUUUCUGAAUGUAUAACUGAAGACGAAGAAUAG